GUCCCGCGCAUAGUGCAGAAAGCUCUCCUCGCGUUCGCCUCGCAUUCGCUCCUCCGCAUUCCAAUCCGCAUCUGGAGUAGUAACCAGUACCCAGUACCCAGUACCCAGUAGUUAGUGUUCCGAUUUGCCGAGAGCAGGCAGCAUGUGGUCGAAAGUUGGCAUCGCCGGAGCCCUGCUCGUGAUGGGCGGCGUCCUGUCCGCCAGCGUGGUGGACAACUUCGCCUACGUGGACCGCUCCCUGCCGGUGGCCAUGCCCAAGGCGAAGGCCUUCCAAGUGAAGCAGCAGUGAGCAGGAGGUGCCUUCUCUCGGAACGCAACAGUAACAUCCACUGACCAGCCAGCUACUCCGACUUGUGUUCCCGCAAGUGGGAAAUAGUUGGUGCAGUUGCUCCAGUCGAUGCACCCGCUUGGAAGCCACCUCUGUGGAACCACAGGAACCUUUAAUUUAUACUGUUUUUUUUUAUGUACUUUAUGUGACUAAUUUAAGGAGCUUCCUCUGCAUAGGCAAUAAAUAAGUUAAACGAA